UUAAUUAAAGUCAAUAUUUCAGUUUUUUUAGCACACACACAGAUAUUACAUUUUUUAUGUUUUGAUACAUUGCAUUGUAAUUACAUUAGUUCGACAUUUAGUACAAAUCUAAACUGUUUUUAAGUGUUGCACUUUUCCUGUAGAGAUUAAAUAACACAAUUUUCCAUGAAAAUAAAAACUCCAGCUGUAACCAGACCAGGCUUGGUUUUGACAGGUUUCAGUAAACUACCAAGUUAUCUUGGAGAAUUUGUUUAAUUUGCAUAAUUUUCCCAUAUUUAAUAUGCAAAUCACAGUCUAACAGCCUUUUGUAUUCCUUGCCUGGUCAUAUUAAAGGCAGCAGUACCCUCGCUUCUCAGUGUUUACUGUUUCCACUCUACAGAUAGUGACUGCACCUGCUCAUGUUCGCACUCUCUAUUCACGUAACUACAACUACAACAACUACAGCAUGGUGCUCAAUUGUACAAUGAUCAAGGAUGGCCUGGAGAGGUACUAUCUGUCAACGUUUUAUGCAAUCGAGUUUGCCGUUGGUUUCCCUGGCAACCUUUUGGUUGUACUUGGCUACAUAUUUUGUUUGCAGGAGUGGCAGAGCUGCAAUAUUUACCUCUUCAACCUAGCAGUCUCUGACCUUAUUUUCCUCUGCACACUGCCACGCCUUUCGUACCUCUAUGCAAAUGACCAAUCAGACGAGAAUACCUAUGGUUGCAUUAUCAACCGCUUUAUCCUGCAUGUCAAUCUUUACUCAUCCAUACUAUUUAUGGUUUGGCUUAGCAUGGACCGUUUCCUGCUCAUAAGACACCCUACACGUAACCACUACCUUCUGAGGCCAAAAAUAGCCAUGAUCGUCACAGGGCUGAGCUGGCUAGCUGUCAAUGUGGAAGUUGGUCCGAUGAUAUUACUGAUGGUCCAACACCAGAGAGGAAACUGGAGUAGCUGCAAGGAUUUUGCCAGCAUGAAUGGAGACGUCCAUACAUUGGGCUACAGCCUAGGGCUUACUUUCACUGGUUACAUUCUCCCUUUGCUUGGACUUUGUGGUUUCUCGUACCAAAUUGCACAUCUGCUCCACGUCCAGGAAAAGGCUGUACAGCGCCGAACAACAUCGUACAAGCGUCCUCUCAGGGUUGCUGUAUCAGCCGCUUUCAUGUUUCUGCUUCUCUACACACCCUACCAUGUGAUGAGAAAUGUCAGAGUAGCAUCUCAGCAGGACUGGACAGAGUCACAGCUUUGUACAAUGAACAACAUAGAGAGCCUGUACAUCAUCACAAGACCAUUGGCCUUCUUGCACAGUGUCAUCAACCCUGUCUUUUACUUCCUCAUGGGGGACAAGUUCAAAAAGCUCCUAUUGGCUAAGCUCAGAAAGUUGGUCAGAAAGACAGAGCAGCAAAGAGAACCAGCAGGACAAAAUUGACAGAGUCCCGAAAUAAGAGACACAUCAACAUAGUGAAUCCAAACAUGUGAAUCAGCUCUUAUUUACAAAUAUUUUCUAAUGCUUUUAAUUAAUAUGGUUACUUGUAUUUUGGUGUACACAUAUUACAUUUAAUUUUAUUGUUGAACAAAUAAAGCAAUGGAAGACAACCUCUGUAAAUGCAUUUGAUUAGUCGAGCCUGUUGCUAUUUUUAUAUUGAUGCUGUGUAAGGUAUAACUAUGUACAGGAUGUGUAUGGAUUCCUGUUUGUAUUGGUAUCUGGAUUUGUUGGACACUCUUUAUUAGCAUCGAUAUCGAUUCAGAUAGUCUGAAGCCUUUUGGCUAGGGGGACCAAAACGUUAAUAAGAUCUAUAAAUUGGGAUGCAGAGACAAGAUCAGUAAACUGGAGGGCGGCUGUGGCGCAGUGAGCUAGUGCGUUGAUCUUCAGAUCAGGGGAGCACUGGAUUAACCCCACUGCAGUCAGCAUGUCGUUGUGUUCCUGGGCAAGACACUUCACCCCGAAUUCCUCCUGUGGGGAUUGUCCACUGUAUUGAAUAAAUGUAAGUUUAUAUAAAAGCGUCUAACAAAUUAUAUGAAGUGUAAUGACCUCUUUCAAAGCAUCCGGCUUCUCAGUUGGAUGGAAAUAUGUCCUUUUGAAAAAUGAUUGUGGAAAAACCCAGUUCCAACUGAUACUGGAGGUUCAUGUUUUUAAAGUCAGCAUUUUUCUGUAUUACUUCAAAAUCUAAUAAAAAAACAAAUAAAAAAUUGUGUAUUUUACUAUUUGGAAGGUGAAUAAAUUGUAAAAUAUCAAAUA